ACUUGCUUUAGUUCUUCCAGUCCGAUGGGGUUUAUUCGAGUGCUUGUGAUCAUAGUGUGUUCACAGAUGGCCCGCCGGACAAGUUUUCAAUGAAUAUUCUGGGUCUUUACAGUCAAAUGCCUAAAUUUACGGCAAUUAUGGAUAUAAUUCGUUUGUUGUGGAUAAUACGGCUUGUGUGGGCUGUUGAAGAUGUGUUGAUGGACUCCACGACGGCGACUGCAGAGCUGGGCUGGACGAUAUAUCCAUCAUUGGGGUGGGAGGAAGUGAGUGGAUACGACGAGAACAUGAACACCAUACGCACCUACCAAGUAUGCAACGUCUUCGAUGCCAACCAGAACAACUGGGUACGCACCAAAUACAUCCGGCGGCGAGGAGCCCAGCGGAUCCAUGUGGAGAUGAAGUUCUCCGUUCGAGACUGCAGCAGCAUCCCGAAAGUUCCCGGCUCUUGCAAGGAGACGUUUAAUCUGUACUAUUUUGAAUCAGACUCUGAUACAGCCACUAAGGUGUAUCCCGCCUGGAUGGAGAACCCUUGGGUCAAGGUGGACACCAUUGCGGCCGAUGAGAGUUUCUCCCAGGUGGAUUUGGGAGGUCGUGUGAUGAAGAUCAACACGGAGGUGCGGAGCUUUGGGCCGGUGUCCCGUAGUGGCUUCUACUUGGCCUUUCAGGAUUACGGAGCAUGCAUGUCUCUCAUCGCAGUUAAGGUUUUCUAUCGUAAAUGCCCCAGAAUUAUUAGGAAUGGGGCCAUCUUUCAGGAGACCUUGUCAGGGGCGGAAAGCACCUCUCUGGUGUCCGCCCGGGGCACUUGUGUACCUAAUGGAGAAGAAGUGGAUGUACCCAUUAAACUUUAUUGCAAUGGAGAUGGGGAGUGGCUGGUACCUAUCGGGCGGUGUGUGUGUAAGGCCGGACAUGAGUCUGUGGAUAAUGGGACUAUGUGUAAAGCUUGUCCGUUUGGGUCCUUUAAAGCAUCUCAAGGGGACCAGCAGUGUCUCCAAUGUCCCAUAAACAGCCGCACCAGCAGUGAAGGAGCUACCAGUUGUGUGUGUCGCAAUGGCUACUACAGAACCGACUCUGACCCGCUGCAGAUGCCCUGCACCACGGUUCCGUCUGCUCCUCAGAGAGUGAUUUCCAGCGUGAACGAGACGUCUCUGCGUCUGGAGUGGGACGUUCCAAAGGAGAGUGGAGGCCGCGAGGACGUGGUUUAUAACAUCAUCUGCAAGAGCUGCGGUUCGGGUCGAGGGGCCUGCACUCGCUGCGGUGACAACGUGCAGUUUGUGCCCCGUCAGCUGGGCCUGACAGAGCCCCGGAUCCACAUCAGUGAUCUGCUGGCCCACACGCAAUACACGUUUGAGAUCCAGGCUGUGAAUGGAGUGUCCGACCAGAGUCCCUACUCGCCUCAGUUCACCGCAGUCAACAUCACCACAAACCAGGCUGCUCCAUCUGCUGUGUCAAUCAUGCAUCAGGUCAGCAGGGCUGUGGACAGUAUAACAUUGUCCUGGUCCCAGCCUGACCAGCCCAACGGAGUCAUUUUGGACUAUGAGCUGCAGUACUACGAGAAGAAUGCGGUUGAGUCAAACUCAUCUCUGCUGCGGAGUCAGACCAACACAGCAGUGAUCCGGGGUCUGAAGUCGGGCACCAUUUACGUGUUUCAGGUUCGGGCCCGAACAGUUGCAGGCUUCGGACGUUUCAGUGGGAAAAUGUACUUCCAGACAAUGACUGAAGAGGAGUAUAACUCCAGUCUGCAGGAGAAACUGCCUCUCAUUAUCGGCUCUGCUGCUGCUGGCGUUGUUUUCCUCAUCGCUGUGGUUGUGCUCAUUAUCGUCUGUAAUCGGAGAGGCAGUGACAGAACAGACUCUGAAUACACAGACAAGCUCCAGCAUUACACCAGCGGCCACAUGUCUCCAGGAAUGAAGAUCUACAUUGAUCCUUUCACAUAUGAGGAUCCCAAUGAAGCAGUUCGGGAGUUCGCAAAAGAAAUAGACGUGACCUGUGUAAAAAUCGAGCAAGUCAUUGGUGCAGGUGAGUUUGGAGAAGUUUGCAGUGGAAAUCUCAGGCUUCCUGGCAAGAGAGAGAUUCUGGUGGCCAUCAAGACUCUGAAAUCAGGCUACACCGAAAAGCAGCGACGGGACUUCCUGAGUGAAGCCAGCAUCAUGGGACAGUUUGACCAUCCCAACAUCAUCCAUCUGGAGGGAGUGGUGACCAAGAGCACUCCAGUAAUGAUUAUCACUGAAUUCAUGGAGAAUGGAUCACUGGACUCAUUCCUUCGGCAAAACGAUGGGCAGUUUACUGUCAUUCAGUUGGUGGGCAUGCUGCGUGGCAUUGCAGCUGGCAUGAAAUACCUUUGUGACAUGAACUACGUACAUCGUGAUCUGGCUGCCCGCAACAUCCUGGUUAACAGCAAUCUAGUCUGCAAAGUGUCCGACUUUGGGCUCUCCCGCUUCCUGGAAGAUGACACAUCUGAUCCUACAUACACAAGUGCCCUGGGAGGGAAAAUUCCAAUACGAUGGACGGCUCCUGAGGCCAUUCAAUACAGAAAGUUCACAUCCUCAAGUGAUGUGUGGAGCUAUGGGAUCGUAAUGUGGGAGGUCAUGUCCUAUGGAGAGCGACCGUACUGGGACAUGAGCAAUCAAGAUGUAAUAAAUGCAAUCGAACAGGAUUAUAGGUUACCUCCUCCUAUGGACUGUCCAAGCGCACUGCACCAGCUAAUGUUGGACUGCUGGCAGAAGGACAGGAACAACCGUCCGAAAUUCAGUCAGAUUGUGAACACUUUGGAUAAGAUGAUCCGUAAUCCUGGCAGCCUGAAGGCCACUACCCCGCUUUCUUCAGGUGUCCAUCUACCUCUGCUGGAUCGUAGCACACCAGACUUCUCCAGCUUCAGCACAGUGGAUGAAUGGCUGGAUGCUAUCAAAAUGAGUCAGUACAAGGAGAACUUUGCCAAUGAAGACCUCACUACCUUCGAAGCCGUGUCCCAGAUGACUAUGGAUGAUAUCCUAAGAGUGGGGGUCACACUAGCAGGACACCAGAAGAAGAUCCUCAAUAGCGUUCAGAUGAUGAGAGCCCAGAUGAACCAGAUCCAGUCAGUGGAGGUUUGAUUUUUUUUUUAGAAGGGGAGGAUGGGGACCAGUUUAUACACCCCAGACCCCAGCGGACCUCUUCACAGAAAGACGCCCCCUCAGCAAGCCCAGCAGAAGUCACUUUCCAUGGGGAUGAUGAAGAACAAAUCCCCACAAGACCAUCAUGGUCUUAAUACAGCACCAGCACACUGAAGGCAAGCUGAAGUCUUUCCAAAGGCCAAAACUGUCUAUACACAUCAUUCUGGCUGCAUUUACAUGCACAUUUAUGAUCCAGUUUUAUGUGUUUUUUGCAGUAUUAAGCCCAAAGUACACUUCUGUUUUUAUGAUUAUUCUAUGGAAGGCCAUUGGGGCCAAAAUCUUUAAGCAAAACACAUGAGAUUUAAAUUUCAACACGCAUAGUUUGACUGUUUUAAUUCAUCAACAAAUAAAACAGCUAGUAAAAUGAGACUAUAUUUGCAUAUGUGCAUAAGUCUGUUCUUCCAGCAGCCAUAUUAGCGAUGUCUGAGCUAUUAUGGGAAUGAGAGAACAAGCUCUUCAUAAACUGCCAAUUAAAUUUGAUCAGUUGUGGCCUAAUGGUUAGAGAGUUAGACUUGUUAUCUAAAGGUCACAUGCUUCAUUUUAGCACCAGCAGGGAUUGUAUUAUAGAUGUGGAGAGUUAAAUCCAGCACUCUCUUCCACCCUCAAUUGAUCGUUUUCAUGUGACAGACAAAAUAUUACUAAUUCCCAUUGACCGCCAAAAAGCCAAAUAAUCAUUGUGCAAUAAGAUAAAAUGUUACUAAAUGACGUGAAACAAGUCAGGGCAGUACUUCUCCAGAAUUCCUUUAUAGAAAGAACAGCCAGAAAUGAAAAAUUGAUGCAAUUUUUGCCAAUUGGUAGCAUCAUAGACCCAUAACAAUCUAUUAUUCCUAUAACCUGUAUGCUUUUUAUAUAUAGUUUCUAUUUUAACUCGCAGUUUAAGUGCAAUUAAAGUAUAGACUAAAAUACAAGUCAAAUUGCAGAAGUGAAUGAAUAGAUUUUCUGUACCAGCAAAUAUUAAUCUAAAAUAUAUUAUUAAUAUGUAAGGAGUAUGUAUGCGCCAUAACGUCGUCACUAAUAACUAAAUGACUGAGGAACAUCCACAAAAUAGAUGUAAACAUCGCUGAAUUGGAGCACUGACAGGGACAUGAUGCUUAUAAAUGACUAAAAAAAGGCUGCUGAUGCAAAAUAUGGAUUGCAAGUGCCCACAAUUUACAUUGUUACGGUGAUCAUAUCUAUUUUGUUCUGUUUAUAUGUGUGAUCCAAAUAUUUGAAGUUAGAAAUAUUACUGGAUUGUGCUGCGUUUCUAUGUAAUUCUGCCAGGUUGCCGCACAGGUUACGUGACUGAAACUAUCAAUACCACAAUUGAAAUGAGCCAGUUGAACACCGAACAGCACCAAACCUACAGAUGUUCUGGCUGCGCGUUUAUGGUUUGUGUGAGUUUCUUUAGUUAAAAACAUCAGCUAAAUGCUAAUAUAAAUGAAAAAAUUUUAAUCAUCAGAAAAAUAUGACAAACUCGUUGUCGCUUUAAAGCCUGGUUUAUACUUCUGUGUCAAGUGACCGGCGUAACCCACGGCGCAUGCAACGCGCAUGGCUGUGCAUU